ACGUAGUCUCUUCCAAGCUCAGGGCAUGAGGAGGUCCUGUCUAUGAAAUUUGAAGAAGCUCUGCUCUGUGAGGGUCAAUGAGGCCUUGUUGUGAUUGACCAGUGACAAACAGCAUUCAUACCGUCACGUCCACCCUGACUGACAGGCACAAAUGACUCUGACAGAGAAGAGGACAGCCAUGUUUUCAGUCAGACCAGAGAUUCAGCCGUGAAAGACAAGAGGCGGUCACCACCCUCGGACAGAUCCCCCGCCGGCCCUCAACGCAACCCUCACCACAGCGGCUCCACAGACGAACAGGAGAGCCCUGAGAGAGUGGUGCAGAAGGAGAAGCUUCAUGCAGAACUGAAACAGGUGUUGAGUCAGAAGAGAAGUCACCUGAGAGAGUCGACCUGCCAACUGGCCCAACCAGAGAUGGACCCGGAUCCCACAGAGGAACAAACAAGCAUGGAUGAGGCCUCUAGUUCCAUGCUAAUUGUGGUGGAAACGGAGGCGGAGGCUGGAGCCAGCGGCUACAGCGUGACUGGCGGAGGAGAGCGAGGGAUCUUUGUUAAAGACGUCCUCAAAGACUCUCCAGCUGCCAAACAUCUCAGUCUGCAACAAGGUGACCAGCUGCUGAGUGCCAAGGUCUACUUCGACAACGUCAAGUACGAAGAUGCUCUGAAGAUCCUUCAGUGUGCGGAGCCGUAUAAGGUCAGCUUCCAACUGCAGAGGACCAUCCCCGGAGCAGAGGUCAGCAUGCGGCCUCGAGUUCCCAGUGUGGAGGUCAAAGGUCCCAAAGCCAAGAUGGCCAAAAUGAGUGUAAAGGGCACCAAGCCAUUCAAGGCCAAGAAGAAAAGAGGUGGUCGUUUUGGUCUGAAGAGGCUGAAAGAGAAGCGCAGGGAGGAGCUGGUGAUAGAGGGAACACCCCCCAGGCUGGAGAUGAGUGAUGUGGAUGUGGAGUUCUCUCUCCCCAAAUUCAAACAGAGGAGAAGUGUGAAGGUGGAAGCAGAAGGAGCAGCAGCCGGAGCAAAAGGAAAGACGAGGAUCAGGUUUCCUCGUAUGAAAUCAAGGGGAGGAAAUGUGGAAACAGGACGGAUUGAGGGACAUGCAAAUAUUUCUCCAUCUGAGAUACCUGGAGCCAAAGUGAAAACCAAAGAAAAGGGACACAAAUUUGGAAUCACCUUUCCAAAGAACAAACACACAAAGUCAGGAGCAGCUUUGGAUACUGGAUCUGUGGAGCUGAAGUCGCCAGGUGUGAACAUCCAGCCACCAGCAGUGGACUUCAGCUUGUCUGGAAAUAAAGACAUGGACAUGGAGAGGGGAGCACUCAAGUUUAAUGCGCCGGGUGUGGAGUUUGAUCCUUCUUCCACUGAGGCAUCUUUGCCCACCGUGAAGGGAAAGGCAGAUAUCAAAGUUCCGCAAAUCAAUAUCAAGGGAGGAAUUGAUGCAGCUGAAGGAAAGGGAGAUGCAAAGCUCAGAUUGCCAAAGUUGAAAUUACCCAAAGUUAGACUCUCACGUCAUUCAGAUGAAAUAGAUGGUGACAUCAAGAUAAAAGCUGAAGGGGUAAAAAUGCCCAUUGAUCUCCCUGCAGCAAAGUUGGAGGGCGACCUUUCAGGAAAAUCUGCAUCUAAUAAAAUACCUUCUGUUGAUAUUUCUUUACCAAAAGUGAAGGGAAAGUCUGACAUUGACGUCUCACUCCCAGAGUAUAAAGGAGCUGGGAAGACCACAAUCAAAAUGCCUACCAUUGACAUCUUAAUGCCUGAUGCUGAUUUGGAAUUGGACACUGGACGAAGAAUACCUGAUGAGGUGGAGGGCACUUUCAAAGGGCCGAAAAUCUCCAUGCCACAGGUUGAUAUCUCAUUACCUAAGAUGGGAUCACCUGAUGUGAAUAUGGAAUGUCCAGAGGGUGGAGGAAAAUUCAAUCUACCUUCUGUUGACAUCUCUCUACCAAAGGUGAAAAUGGAGGGUGGAGAUGUGGAUAUGGACUAUUAUGUUGGUGGGGAUGGGACGUUCAAAAUGCCUAAUUUUGACAUAUCUCUACCAAAUAUUAAGUCACCAGAAGGAGAAGUAGAUAUAAAACGACAAGAGGUGGAAGGGGGCUACAAGUUGCCCAAAGUAGACUUGACCCUUCCCAAAGGCAAAACUGGAACAACUAAUAUUGAAGGAGAAGGAAAAUUUAAGAUACCAUCAUUUGACAUAUCACUCCCUAAAAUGAAGACAGGGGAGUUGGAUGUCAGCAUCGCUGGCCCUGAAGUGAAAGGACAUACAUUUGAAUUGGUCACACCUGAUGUUGACAUUUCUGGAGAUGUAAAAGUCGCAGGACAUGCUGAGAAAGGAGGAAAAUUUAAAAUGCCCACCUUUGAUGUUUCUGUACCCAAACUGAAAGCACCAGAGGGUCACAUGAACAUAGAGGGGCCCAAAUACGAGAGUGGAGAUAAGAUCCAGAUGUCCUCUGUUGAUAUAUCUCUGCCAAAAGGAAAGAUGGGAGGUGACAUUGAAAUAGAAGGUCCAUCUACAAGAGGAGGAAAAUUCAAAUUGCCCUCACUUGAUGUCAGACUCCCAAAGAUGGGGACACCUGGAGCUGAGGUUGACUUGCAAGGACCUGAGAUUAAAGGGGGGGAAAUUGGAUCACCAUCAGUGGACAUUUCUUUACCGAAAGGUAAAUCCAAGGGAGAGGCUGACAUAGACGGAAAGGGAGGCAAGUUUAAAAUGCCUUUGUUUAAUGUAGAUCUUCCAAAAAUGAAGUUUCCUGAGGGUGAGGUUGUUUUGCAGGGACCUAAAGUUAAAGAUGGAAAGAUAAACAUUCCCACUGUUGAUAUCUCUCUCCCCCAAGGCAACCUAGAGGGAGAUGUGAACAUUGAUGGUGGUGAAGUAAAAGGAGGCAAACUUAACUUGCCCUCUGUGGACAUUUCUCUUCCAAAAAUGAAGCUACCCGCAGGAGAAGUCAAGCUAGAAUGCCCUGAACUUCCAAAUGUUGACUUUUCACUUCCCAAAGCAAACUUAGAGGGUACCAUGGAACUUGAGGGCAGCGGUGGUGGCGGAGCAAAGUUUAAGAUGCCGACUUUUGACAGCUCACUCCCAAGGAUAAAAACAAAAGAUGGAGUGGUUGACAUUGAAGGGUCUGAAGUCAAAGGAGGAGCAAAGUUCAACAUGCCAUCAUUAGACAUCACUCUUCCUGCAAUGAAAUCACCACAGGGGGAGGUGAAAAUCCAAGACUCUGAAUUUAAAAGAGGUAAUAUCCAGAUGCCUUCUCUUGAUGUGUCACUACCAAAGAUCAAGCCACAGGGAGGUGACAUUGACAUCGAAGGUCCAGUGUUUAAGGUUAAGUCACCAGAGGCAGAUUUAGACCUAAAGGGGACUGAGAUUAAAAGUCAGAUAGAUAUUGAAGGACCCCCAGGAAAAGGAGGCAAAUUUAAGAUGCCUUCAUUUGAUGUAUCUCUACCAAAGGUGAAGUUGCCUGAGGGAAAUAUUGGCCUUGAGGGGCCCUCAGUUGAUAUCUCUAUCGAAAAAGGAAAAGCAGAGGGUGACAUUAAAACUAGAGGUAAAGAAGGACAUUUUCAAAUGCCCUCAAUUGAUGUUUCUCUUCCUAAAAUAAAAUCAAAGCGAGGUGACAUCAACAUUGAGGGUCCAGAACUCAAACGUGGGGAAAUUAAGAUGCCAACCAUUGACAUUUCACCCCCUAAAGGAACAUUUGAAGGUGAAAUCAAUGUCAAAGGUGGAAGAAAAGGUGGCAAGUUUAACGUACCAUCUGUACCUGCAGUAAAAUUUCCUGAGGGUGAUGUGAAUUUUCAAGGACCAAAAGUAAAAGGUGGGAAAUUUGAAAUGCCAAAAAUCAACAUAGAGCUUCCUAAAGGUAAAGCACAGGGGGAUAUUGAUAUUGACAUUCACUCUGGAAAAGAUGCAAAUAUUGAAAUACCAUCCUGUGAAAUUGGUUUUCCCAAAGGAAAUGUCACAGGUGACAUUAAUUUUGAAGGAGGGAAAGGAGGGAAGAUAAAGAAGCCAAAAUGUGAUAUUUCAUUACCAAAGGUAAAUUUUCCUGAGGGUGAUGUAAAAUUAAAAGGGCCGGAAAUCAAGGGCAGAAAGAUCGAGAUGCCGGACAUUGAUAUUUCGCUCCCCAAAGGAAAAGCUGAAGGUGAAAUAAAUGUUGAAGGCCCUGAGAUGAAAGGGGGCAAAUUCAAAAUGCCAAAAUUUGAUCUUUCUUUACCAAAAGUGAGUCUUCCAAAGGUCGAUGCAAAUGUGGAAGGACCAGAUGUAAAAGGAAAAAUUGAAAUGCCAACUGUUGAUAUCUCACUUCCAAAAGGAAAGAUGGAUGUAGAUGUUGACAUCGAUGGGCACCGUGGUAAAGGAGGCAAGUUUCACAUGCCCUCAGUCGAUAUCUCUCUCCCUAAAAUCAAAGCAAAGGGAGUUGACAUUGAUAUUCAAGGACCUGAAGUCAAAGGUGACAUUUCACUCCCUAAAAUAAAGUCACCAGAAGUAGAUAUCAGUCUUGAGGAUCCUGAUGUUAAAGGAGGGAUGUUUAACAUCCCAAAUGUUGACAUUACACUCCCGAAAGGAAAAGUUGAGGGGGACCUUGAGGUUGAGGGCCUUGAAGUGAAGGGUGGCAAGUUUAAAAUGCCAAAAUUUGAUGUGUCUCUACCAAAAGUUAGUCUGCCAGAAGGUGAUGUCAAAAUAAAAGGCCCAGACAUGAAGGGAGGGAAGAUUGAGAUGCUAGACAUUGAUGUUUCACUCCCCAAAGGAAAAGCAGAAGGAGAAAUUGCAAUUGGAGAACAUACUGGAAAAGGAGGUUGUUGUGUGACAGCUGAGUCAGUCCACAGUGACGAGAGGCUCUGA